AGAGCCUCUCCUCGCUCCUCCUUCUCUCGGCUGCCGGAGAGCAGCGAGCGCGGCAGGCGGCGCUCCCCUGGCAUGGUCCUGGGCCGGCGCGAGAGGCUUCGCUGAGGAGCCACCCGGCAGGAGAUGGGGCUCUGCGGGGCGCGCUCGGCUUCGCUCGCCGGCGGAGGAGGAGGAAACUUGGGGGCCAGGCGCGCGGCCGCCGCCCUCCUGGUGGGGCUGCUGGCCGGCAGCUUGUGCGGCGCCGCCGCCGACGAGAAGAAAGUUUGCCAAGGAACCAGCAACAAGCUAACACAGCUUUCAAGUGUGGAUGAGCACUACAAUAGUCUGAAGAGAAUGUAUGAAGGCUGCGAGGUGGUGCUUGGCAAUCUAGAAAUCACUCACGUGAAUCACACCUAUAACCUUACUUUCUUGAGGAGUAUACAAGAGGUGGCUGGUUAUGUGCUUAUAGCAAUAAACACCGUGAAAAGUAUUCCUUUGGAGAAUCUCCAGAUAAUCCGAGGGAACACCCUUUAUGAAAAUGCUGCGUUGGCAGUUUUACUAAAUUACAACGAUGUCAGGGGGCUUGAAGAGCUGCCAAUGAGACGCUUAGCAGAAAUUCUAAAUGGAGGAAUAAAAUUCAGCAAUAAUCCUUAUCUUUGCAACAUGGAUAAUGUUCUUUGGGAUGACAUUGUCGAUAAAACAAGCAGCAAAGGUUUCGUACAGUUUGAUCCCACUGAAAGAACAGAAAUAUUGCCAAGAACUGACAAUAAAACAUGCCAACAGUGUCAUCCCAAUUGUACAAGAGCACAUUGCUGGGCUGCUGGACUAGAGAACUGCCAAACAAUAACCAAGGUUGACUGUGCAGCACAAUGUUCAGGCAGGUGCAAGGGGAGGCUGCCAAGUGACUGCUGUCAUACGCAGUGUGCAGCAGGAUGCACAGGUCCUAGAGAGAGUGAUUGCUUGGCAUGUCGCAAGUUUUGGGAUGAUGCAACAUGCAAGGAGUCUUGCCCUAGUUUGCAAAAGUACAAUAUUAUCACCUAUCAGUUGGAAGACAACCCAGAUGGAAAAUACAGCUUUGGAGCAACUUGUGUAAAGAAUUGCCCACAUAACUACGUUGUAACAGACCAUGGUUCAUGCGUCCGGUCAUGUCCUCCAGACUCUACAGAAGUGGAACAGAAUGGCAUUCGGAAGUGUAAAAAAUGUGAUGGCCCCUGUAGCAAAGUGUGCAACGGGAUCGGAACAGGUGAUUUUAAAGGUGUUAUUGCCGUUAAUGCAUCCAAUAUUGACUAUUUCACAAAUUGCACUACAAUCAAUGGAGACCUUGUAUUUCUGAAAGUAUCAUUUUCAGGUGAUUCAUACACAAGGACACCCCCUUUGGACCCAAAGAAGCUGGAUAUCUUUAAAACUGUUAAAGAAAUCACAGGAUUCUUGUUGAUCCAGGUUUGGCCACAAAAUUUCAAAGAUUUGAGUGCUUUUGAAAAUCUGGAGGUUAUACGAGGCAGAACAAAACAAUUGGGCCAAUAUGCUCUUGCUAUCACUGGCCUGAACAUAACAUCUCUGGGAUUGCGCAGUCUGAAGGAAGUAAGCGAUGGGGAUGUUGCCAUUUUAAGAAACAACCACCUCUGCUUCGGUAACACAGUGGACUGGAAUAAACUUUUUGUAACAAAAGAUCAGAGCACAAAAAUAAUUAGAAACAGAGAUGAAAGUGAAUGUGCCGCUGCAACAGAAAUUUGCCAUCCCCUCUGCUCAGAUGAAGGCUGCUGGGGCCCGGGGCCCUUGCAGUGCUUUUCUUGCCGUUACUUUAUUCGCCAACGGGAGUGUGUAAAAGAGUGCAACAUUGUGCAAGGGAAUCCUCGGGAGUUUGUAAGAGAGCUUGAGUGUCUUCAGUGCCAUCCAGAAUGCCUGGUGCAAAAUUCAACUGAAUUCAACGCAACUUGCACAGGACCUGGUCCAGGCAAUUGUCUGAAGUGUGCCCAUGUAAAAGAUGGUCCUCAUUGCGUUAAGUCAUGCCCCGCUGGUAUUUUGGGUGAAAAUGAUACCAUUGUCUGGAAAUAUGCAGAUGAAAGUUCAGUGUGUCAACUAUGUCAUCCAAACUGUGUUCGCGGGUGCAAAGGACCAGGGCUUGAAGGUUGUCCUAAUGGUUCUAAGAUCCCCUCCAUUGCAGCUGGAGUUGUUGGAGGCAUCCUCUGCUUUGUCGUUAUCGCACUGGGCAUUGGCCUUUACCUCCGUAGGCGUCGCAUUGUUAGAAAACGUACUUUGCGCAGAUUGCUGCAAGAAAGAGAGCUUGUUGAACCCCUGACUCCCAGUGGGGAGGCACCAAACCAGGCACUCCUAAGGAUUCUAAAGGAAACCGAAUUUAAAAAAAUCAAAGUUCUUGGCUCUGGAGCGUUUGGUACCGUCUUUAAGGGGCUUUGGAUUCCAGAAGGCGAGAGAGUUAAAAUUCCUGUAGCAAUUAAGGAAUUGAGAGAGGCCACAUCACCUAAAGCCAACAAAGAAAUUCUUGACGAAGCCUAUGUCAUGGCCAGUGUUGACAACCCCCAUGUCUGCCGUUUGCUGGGAAUCUGCCUCACCUCCACCGUUCAGCUCAUCACGCAGCUUAUGCCGUAUGGCUGCCUUCUUGACUACGUUCGAGAGCACAAGGAUAACAUUGGAUCCCAGCACCUUCUCAACUGGUGUGUGCAGAUUGCAAAGGGAAUGAAUUACCUGGAGGAACGUCGUUUGGUACACCGUGAUUUAGCUGCCCGGAAUGUCCUGGUUAAGACUCCUCAGCAUGUGAGGAUCACAGACUUUGGACUGGCCAAACUGCUUGGUGCAGAAGAAAAGGAAUACCAUGCAGAAGGAGGAAAAGUUCCUAUUAAAUGGAUGGCACUGGAGUCUAUUCUGCAUCGCAUUUACACCCACCAAAGUGAUGUUUGGAGUUAUGGUGUCACAGUUUGGGAAUUGAUGACAUUUGGAUCAAAACCAUAUGAUUGUAUCCCAGCCAGUGAAAUUUCCUCUGUCUUGGAGAAAGGAGAGCGGUUGCCUCAGCCUCCCAUUUGUACAAUAGAUGUCUACAUGAUCAUGGUCAAAUGUUGGAUGAUUGAUGCAGAGAGUCGCCCCAAAUUCCGGGAGCUGAUAGCAGAAUUCUCCAAAAUGGCUCGGGACCCCCAGCGCUACCUGGUUAUACAGGGUGAUGAAAGAAUGCACUUACCAAGCCCAACAGACUCAAAAUUUUACCGAAGCCUGAUGGAAGAGGAAGACAUGGAGGACAUCGUGGAUGCAGAUGAAUACCUCAUUCCACACCAGGGAUUUUUCAGCAGCCCAUCAAACUCACGGACACCUCUCUUAAGUUCAUUGAGCGCUACCAGCAAUAAUUCUACAACUGUAACCUGUAUUGAUAGAAAUGGGCAGGGCUUUCCAGUGAGAGAAGACAGCUUUAUCCAGCGAUAUAGUUCAGAUCCAACUGAGACAUGCCUGAAUGACAGCCUGGAUGAUAGCUUCCUACCUGCUCCUGAAUACGUGAAUCAGCUAGUGACCAAAACACCACCUGCUUCUGUUGUGCAAAAUCCAGUCUACAACAAUCUCUCUCUUACCCUUGAGCCUAAGUCUGUGGCUGAUUCAAACCAUCAGAAUUCCCGCAGUACGGCACUGGACAACCCUGAAUAUCUCAACACAAGCCUCUCUCCGUUUGCUAACACAGUUUUCAACAGCUUGCCCUACUGGGAUCAGACAACCAACCACCAAAUAAAUCUGGACAAUCCCGAUUAUCAGCAAGACUUCUUGCCCAAGGAGAACAAAGCCAAUGGCAUCUCUAAGCUUCCUGCAGCUGAGAAUCCAGAAUAUCUCAGGGUAGCAGCACCAAAAGUUGAAUACAUUCAAGCCUCGGCAUGACUACCAAAAGAGACCUCUUGUGGCACCAGAAAUGCGGGUGACAUUGCCGGCCGCUACAGAAACAGGUGAGAGCAGCUCCACCAUGCACCUAUUUCCUUCUGGAUGUGCGAGUUUAUUUCAUCCAGUUUGCUUAGGACUUAUUCUGUCUUUAUCAAAGACGUGAUAUGGAAAGAAAAGACAACAUCCAGCAAGCAAGAAAUUGUUGUUGCAUUCAUUUAUUUUCUUUACAGACUAUAUUGGAUUACAGCCUAUAUUUUGUAAACAUUUGUGAUAUUUUUAAGAGCUUUUGUGAGAUCAAGAAGACCAGAUAUUGAACUACUUCAUGUCACAUGGAUCAUUUGAGAUGGAGAGAGGUGACACAAGAUAUUUCGCUGUCUCCUAAGCUUGUCUGUCGUAAGAUUUAAAGAAAAACUCCCUGUA